AUGUCUCUUACUGAUAAUCCCAUCACCCACUGGGAAGACUUAGAGAACUGGUUAAGUGUCGUGACAUGCAGCCUCGUGCCCAAAGCUGCCGACAACCUACGACAGCACACGCAAGAACAACUGGAUGCCAACAUCUCUGACAUCCUGACACAGGAUCCAACCCGCAGCUACAAACACAAAGAGAUUGUAAAGAUCACUGGCUCCCUGAGUCACACGCUGAUAGCCUCACUCAAACUGAGCGAUGAGCAAGAAACUCACCUCCGGGGGGAGCUGACUCGCGCAAAACAACGCAUCAACCAGUUAGAACUGGACGCACAGGACCAACAGGAAGGGUCUGAUGAGGUGGAGCCAGGCACCAAAGAGGAAAUCGAAAGGCUUCAAGAAACAUUGACAACCACCAGCCCAGAAUUAGAACAAGCUAAGGCUGCCCAAGAUGAUCUGGCCAACAAGUUACAGUAUGCAGAGCAGCUACUGGAAAAAGCCAAGGCUGACUUCAGAGACAAGAACAGCCGAAUAAAGGCCCUUGAUAACCAUCUUGAAAGGUCAAGAAAUCAGAUCAGUGGCUUGAUUCAUAAGCUUGACUAUGUAAAAGAAGAAUCUGACUCAAUCAGAGAGGAACUCAAGCAUAUUUAUGAGCUGCACCCUGAGACAACCAGGACAAGGCAUCAUCUGGUCUCACCCCUGCCCAGCAGAGCUGUGUCCCCUAUCGUCACAGAGGUCAGUUAA